CAAAAAAGAAACACUCACUCUCUCUGUGAAAGAUUUUUAGAGAGAGAACAGAGAGAGAGUAGUUAUUUUUUUCUCUCUUUGUGCUUCCCAUCACCAUAUAAACCACUAGAAUCCCUUAUUUUCUUCAAAGAUUCUGAUGAAUACCCAUCAGCAAAAGAAACAACUUUCUUCAAGUUCAAAGUUUCUGAUGAAUACCCAUCACCAAAAGAAACAAGUCUUCGUGAGAGCGACAAGAGCUCAGGUAAGCUAGAUCUGCUCCCUUUCGAUAUAGAGGUGGAGAUACUGACUAGAUUGCCGGGAAAGUCUGUUAUCAAGUUCCUAUGCGUGUCAAAGAUAUGGUCUUCCAUCAUCCGAAGCCAAAGAUUCGUGGAUUCUUACUACGCUCUGUCCUCUGCGACGCGAUCUCGGUUUAUAAUCGCUUUCAGCCACCUUAGCACCGCCGAGGUUAAUGACAAGCGUUUGUUCAUCUUCUCGUCAUCACACGAGGACGAGGUAGAGGAGGAGGAAUCUUCUUCUUCUUCUUCUUUGGUUGCCAAUCUUGACAUGACAAUACCUUCAGUGACCUUGGGUUACGGUUCCAAGUGUACUUCCGUACAUGGCUUUGUGGGUUGUAGACAUGGUGCUUCUCAGUUAACUAUAUGUAACCCUAGCACGAAGCAAGUCAUUACCUUUCCCUGCAAUGGAUCUCGCAUAUCUUUGGGAUACGAUCCUGUUGGUGAUCAAUUCAAAGCAUUGACCUUGGUGUCAUCUCCUAACCAGACUCAUCAGUUUAUAGUGCACCAGGUUAUAACAGUUGGAGCAAGAGGAGUAGUAGAAUCUCGUAGUGAGAUUACCUCCCCGCCUUAUUGCUCUUUAACUAGUGGAAUUUGCAUCAAUGGCUUUAUAUAUUAUGGUGCUUGCGCCCCAACACUAGGAACGACUCCGGUGAUUGUGUCUUUUGAUGUUAGACAUGAAAGGCUAAGUUUUAUCACAGCGCCUGAGGAUGUCCUGGUUUGGAAGAGUUGUUCGAUAUUGAUUGAAUACAGAGGGAAGCUAGCUUCCAUUGUGAGAAACCCUUAUGCUUUUUUCGACAGGUUUGAUCUGUAUAUACUAGAGGACGCCAAGAAACCUGAUUGGUCCAAGCAAACAUUUGAGCUUCCUUUCUCUCUUGGAAUGGGUAAGGAUGUGACUUCUCAGGGAACCAACAAGGCUGGUGAAAUCAUUUUUGCACCAACAACUCUGCCAUAUGAUGUCCAGCCCUGCUACAUUUUCUACUACAACACAGACACAAAAGACUUGAGAAGAGUCCGAAUCCACGGAAUUGCAGAUACUGAAGAGUUUAGGCACUGUUGUGGACUCGCAGGCCUCUGUUUCGUCUCCAUCUCACCCGAACACGUUGAAAGCAUUGCGUCUUUGUAAUGUGUUUGUUCGAGCUAAUAAUGUAAGAGCUUGACUACAAACUCUGGGUGUUUCUUAGUUUGUUAUCUUAGUGACUGAUAAUGAUCUGUGUGAUGCUUUUUUUUUCUUCUUCUUUUCUAGUCUUUUAUUGGUGAUUAUAGUUCAAUA